GUGCAGAGAAUAUCCUCUACAGUUUUAGACAAAAAUAUUUUAAAAUAUAUAAUAAUGUUUCAGUGUUCAAUAAAGCAGUGUUAAGUUACAAAAAUCACUGUAAAUGUUAGAUUGAAUGGACGAUUAAUAUUUCUAUUUAGUUAAUUAAACAGCUUUCGAUGGAGGUGAUGAUCACUCUAAAGAAGUAAAGAAGUUUUCCGUGAAGUGAAACUAAAAGAAAUUUCCUAUUAUAAUAAUUUGUCAAUGGUGGUGCAUGAUUUGUCAAAUACAUCUUCGAUGAACAAAUACGAUGUUCUUGGAGUAGUUGGAGAAGGUGCAUAUGGAGUGGUUUUAAAAUGCAGGCACAAGGAAACCCAAGAAAUCGUUGCAGUUAAAAAGUUUAAAGACAAAGAAGAUAACGAAGAUGUACAAAGGACAACAUUACGUGAGCUUAAGAUGCUCAAAACACUCAAACAGGAAAACAUUGUUGACUUAAAAGAAGCUUUUCGGCGGAGAGGAAAAUUAUAUCUCGUGUUUGAAUAUGUUGAAAAGAACAUGCUUGAACUACUUGAGGAAAAACCGAAUGGUGUUCCUGCUGAGAAAGUGAGAAGUUACAUCUACCAACUAAUCAAAGCAGUGCACUGGUGUCAUGCAAAUGAUGUAAUUCACAGAGAUAUCAAACCAGAAAAUCUUUUAAUAAGUUCUCAUGAUGUCUUAAAGCUUUGCGAUUUUGGAUUUGCACGACCAGUGUCGUUGUCGAGUCGUAAUUCGGCAUACACUGAUUAUGUGGCCACUAGAUGGUAUCGUUCACCAGAAUUGUUGCUUGGAGUAAAAUAUGACAAAGGGGUUGAUGUCUGGUCAAUAGGAUGUAUAUUGGGAGAGCUGAGUGAUGGUCAGCCUUUAUUUCCCGGUGAAAGUGAAAUUGAUCAACUUUUCACGAUCCAGAAAAUGUUGGGGAGUCUUCCACCUUGUCAGAUGAAAAUUCUUUUUACAAAUCAUCGUUUUGCUGGUUUGAAGUUCCCCACACACUUCCAACCUAUCACUUUACAACGAAGAUACUGUGGAACAAUCAAUGGGCUCAUGCUGAGUUUUAUGUCAAGUACUUUGGUGAUGGAUCCAACAAAAAGAAUUACAACACAACAAUGUCUUGAACAUAACGCCUUUCAGACCGAGCGUUUAAAGGACAAGAAUCUUGAUUACUUUCGUGAAGCAACCAAACCUGGAAGUAUAAGACCAAAGUCAGCAAAAGGUUCGGUGAAGGGAAAAAAGGGGAAAAAUGGCGGAGAUGAAAUUGACAACUACAACAUAUCACAAGUGCCUUCCAAUGUUGAUCUGCUUACUUACCAACCCAACAACACAGCGGGAAGAAAUGAUAAAUUGAAUGACACUUAUGAAGCCAAUCUUGCUGCAACAAAACGUGGAAAGAAAAGUAACAAACUCAUGCAUUUGCUGAAAGACAAAGUGGAACCAAAGUCAAAAUCACCAGAUGAACUUCCCAGGUUUAGAAGCAUAAACGGGACUUCCCCUGAUAAGGAAAUUGACGAGUCACCGAAACGUAAUAAUGCUGACUCAACGCCGAAAGUCACACCAAGCAACAUCGGAUGGGCACCGAAGAACAAUAGUUCUGCUGAAGAGAUAUUAAGUAGUCCAGAAGCAAAAGAAGUUCAAGAGGAGAAUGUUGAAGGAAUGUUUGUGAAACGAAACAGUGUUCGCCAUAAAUCCCCACAUCCUGUCGAUCCAGCAAAGGAAAAUCAAUCUGCGUUCCAGAGAAAAGGUAGCCAUCGUUUUAAACAUGGAGCAACUAAAGAAGAGACAAGUGAGAAGAAAUCUAUGAAACGAGAAAACAAAGAGAACUUAUACCGAGACUGUAGGUCCUCUUUUGCUCAUCAUCGAGAGGUUGUAGAAGAAGCUCCCGGACACUGCUCUCCUCCGGACUUGAAGAAUGCACAGCCGUCUAAAUCUUCUGUCAACAUCGUAGAGCAGUCGGAAGAGCUUAGUCCUCCUCAAAACUAUCAUAACUUCCAAUCUGACGAAAGCAAGAUAUCAACCGUGGACACAAAUGUUCGGACAGCAAUUGCAACGACUCUGCAUGUCCCAACUAUAAAUUUUAAAGCUUCACAAAGCAACAACACUGUGGACGAACGAACAACUCAUGUUAUGAAGCCCUCUAAAUCAAGAAUUGGUGAAAGAUCGGGACAUACAAGAGACUCGCAUCAUAAAGAUGAACAUAGUGAUCAGCAGAAGUCCGGAGGAGAAUAUCCAACAUCCAAAGGAGUAGUAAACAGUGUAAAGAGCUUCAUGACAUCUAUGCCUGUGGAUGAAAGUUAUGAAAACAAGAACAAUGUGUCAGACCUUGCAGAUUAUAAAAAGGAACUAAAAAGAAUAAAAUCAAGUUUAUUUGGAAAAAAGGGAAGCAGAGUCCAACGCCAUGAGUCGCUUGAUUCGAACCAAUCAACUUCUAGCAUUGGCAGCGGCAGACAGCGUUACCAGGGUAACGAUACAAACAGCAAUCGGUUUCUGCAACCGUGCAUGUCCACAGUUGCAGAAGGUGGGAUUACCCAUCAUGCACAGCAACACUCGGACCUGACAGGGAUGACAUCAUGCUCCGGUGUCGGGCAGUCUAGUUCAAAGUCAAGUAAAGUGUCGAGGGACCGACGUGUGAAAAGUCAUUAUUAUGAUUCGAAUCUCGACAGCGAGCAUGAUAACAGUCCUUCAAUCACAAACCCUCACAUUGCAAGAGCUUACUCUCGUCUACAUCAGUUUCAAAUAGAAGAACAAACUUCACACGAUUCCAUUGACAACUCAUGGCGUGAACCCAAUACUUCAACUAACAGAAACGCUAUUCAAAGUAUUUUGAAGAAAAAGAAAAAAGGAAGAAGAAAUAAGGUAAGCACAGUUGAAGGUGACCACCUUACUAUCCACAACCCUGGGAUGGUUAAACAACAUAUAGCACUGUGGGAUAGCAGGGCAACAAACAGUAGACAAGUGACGAACACUUCAACAUCUCGUGGGCUCCGUAAACUUGUUCACACACCAUCAUCCUUACUUGCUUCAGAACACCAGCAACCUUACAACAGCCAGCAGUUUCCCCAUAUAGCUCCUAAUAAUGAAAGAAACACACGAUCUACAAAUAACUAUCAAUAUCAACAAAACUCACGACAUGAAAGAAAGAACCCAAUAGAUUACUCUCUUGAAGAGCAACUUCACAGUGACCUGCACAUAAGUGGAGGAAACAGUCUUAUGUACGAAGCUACAACCCCAAGGACCCAAACCCAUACCCUGGGUCCAAUAAAGAGCGCAAAACGACGAAAAGGACCUGACUAGUCAACAAACAAAGACACACCAAUAUAAACUAAACCAUAAACCCCUCGCAGCUGUGGAUUAAUUUUAUUACAACUCGGUACAUAUCAUAUUUGCUGCAGCUAUAUCACUGUAUUCACAACCGUCCACUUUACCAAGUGCAACUUUGCUUCUUCAAGAAACCCCACAGCCUACCUCUGUUCCUGCAUCCUUCUCUGGCGUUAUUAUACUCCCCUAUAUUAUCCACUUGUAUUGUUGGUUUUUCAUCAUUUUGUUUCAAAACUUUUUGUUCUGCUUUUAUUUUAUUACAGCAGCCAGCAAAGUUGGCAAAAUAAAACAUUUAAACCAAAA